GGCCCUGUGGGUGAUGUACCAGAUUGCCGGACAACCCUUAGGACCUGCCUGCAGAACCAGAUUUACGGAGACAAAGAACAGCUCCAGAUAACCCCUGGGUUGAUCAUCAGAUCGAAGUUGACUGUCUAGCAAACGAGAAGAAGAAGAUGAUGGGAUGAAUAUGCAAAAAGUGGAAAUUUGACAGGACGGUGGCGCCACGAAAAUUGAACUGCGCGUGCGUACUGUAGAACUUCCGUUUUAAGCCGUGGGGAAAACGUGUUCGAAAUGUUGCGUCGACAGGCACGUCUCAGGCGCGAAUAUAUCUACCGUAAAUCUGUGGAGGAGAAGGACCGAGCUAUCGCUGAAAAGAAACAGAAGCUAAAGAAUGCUUUAGACGAAAAUAAAAUCUUACCGACUGAUCUGCGGAAAAAUGCUGUAUCUCUUCAGAGAAAACUUGACUGGGAAGUGGAAGAGGCCCUUGGUGACAAUGUUGAUGAUGAGUACAAGUGGGCAGGUGUAGAAGAUCCAAAGAUUAUGAUAACAACAUCCAGGGAUCCAAGUUCAAGGUUAAAGAUGUUUGCAAAGGAGGUGCGACUGAUCUUUCCAAACUCUCAGAGAAUCAACCGCGGUAAUUAUGAGAUAAAGCAGCUGGUGGAAGCGUGCCGGGCUAAUGAUGUCACCGACCUCAUCAUGUUGCAAGAACACCGCGGAGAGCCAGAUGGCCUGACAGUGUGUCACUUUCCUUAUGGUCCCUCGGCUUACUUCACACUUUCCAAUACAGUGAUGCGACACGACAUCCCAGACGUGGGCAAGAUGUCUGAACAGUAUCCACAUCUAAUCUUCAAUAACUUGAAGUCAAAACUGGGCGCUAGGGUCACGAAUGUUUUAAAGUAUUUAUUUCCUGUGCCCAAAGAAGACAGUAAACGAGUUAUCACAUUCGCUAACGACGAGGAUUAUAUCUCAUUCAGGCAUCACGUUUAUAAGAAGACGGAGAAUGGUAGAGAUGUCGAGUUGACGGAGGUUGGACCGAGAUUUGAAAUGAAGUUGUACCAGCUUAUCCUUGGGACGAUUGACAAUGCCAGUUCAUCAGAUGUCGAAUGGGUCUAUAAGCCGUACAUGCGAACAGCCAAGAAGAGACGUUAUCUCAGCGAUAUGUAGCGAGGAGUUGGCAGACUUUCUCAAGGAAUAGAUGAUGUUUCCUGUGGAAUACAAUCGUGAAUUUACCGAGUUUAUGUUGUUAUUAGUUGUUGCUGCUGAAGUGGAGUUCUCCUCUAAUUGAACACAACUUGUCGUCCCAAAAGGGCCAAAAUCAUCACACCUACAAUUUAGCCUAUGAAACUGUCCUAUGGGACUACUUAUCGGUCUUGGAUCAAAGGCAACUUCUGAAGAAACCUAUUUUGGUCAUUUAAACUACGUGUAGGAAAGACAUUUUUGGGUCGCAUAGGACAAAAUCAAGGUUGCACAAAAUACCUCAUUCUGAAAAACUUGAAACCCUCUCGGCCAAACACAAGGAAAUACCUGAGUGAUGCAGUCCAAUUUGUAAAUAGAAAACAAUUGUAAAUACAUGGCUACAUUAUAAAGAAAUGAAAGUCUUCUUCUGUUUGUGUUUAAUGGGAUACUCGUGGACUUUUCAGUAGUGCCAUGCUGUAACAGAGCCAAUCCAUGAGUGCUUGUGUCAUUGUUGGCGUACAUGUAGGUCUGUGUAGGGAUGUUAGAAAUUUGUGACGGAGAUUGUAAGCCAGGAUUGUAAGUAAAAAUGUGGAGGUGUUUUGAAGUUCUUCAAGUGAUAUCCUAAGCUGAUGAGGAAAGAUCCAGCGAGCAAAGGACGAUGUCACAACUGGGCAAGAUAGGAGUGAAUAAUGGGACACUAUUUUGCAAAUAACAUCAAAUUUCCGGAGAUGU